AUGAAGCCACCGGCGGCUAGAGAAAAACAACGUCGAGAUCAUAUGAAGGAACUCUACUCCACAUUAGCUUCUCUUCUUCAUCUUCAACCUUAUGUGAGAAUGUCGUUGCCCGAGCUCUUGGAUCAGGCAACGAGGUCGCUAAAACAAUUGAAGGAAAGAGUAGAAGGAUUGAAGAGUAGAAAAGAAGAGCUUGAGAAAGUGGUUCGACUUAAUGGUGAGUCAAGUAACAACGAAAGGAGGUUGCGAAUCGUUCAAGUGAGAGAAUCAGUGGAUAUGGAACUAGAGGCUAACUUGAUAAUAAUGGUGAACCAUAAGAAAGUGAUGCCAUUUGAAGUGCUGGGAGUCAUAGAGCAAGGUGGUGCUGAAAUCAAGAGUGCUACUUUCUGUACCGUCGGCCACCACAUCUACUGCACUGUUCAUGCUAAGGCUUUUCAAGCUCGGAUAGGGUUUGAUGUUGAAUUAAUAGAAGCCCGAUUGCUGAAACUAGUUUACUAG